GCAAAUAGAGGGGAAGGAAGACAGGAACCGGAUUCGGACCACCGGAAGAGGGUUCUCGGAUAGGGCGCCGCGCUUUACCGGGGAGUAAAACCAACGGCGGAAGAAAAAAGAAAAAAAAAAAGAAAGAAGACGGACGGGUAAACAGAAAUUCCGGGAGGAGAAAGAGGGGGGUUCGACCUCGGUUUUUCCGGUUUGAAGGAAAAGGCCGACGGCGUCCCGACGACCUUGUAGAUCCGGGCGAUAGAAGAACGCCGGCUGGCCCAUGAGACGCAUCGCGCUGGGCUCGCUUCCUUCCCUGUGGCUGAUGACCGCAGUCGUGGCCCAGAGGAUCGUCUAUCCGGAGGAGGGACGUCGCCCGUCCGGAUACUAUUCCCAACGCCUUUCACCGCCCAGGAUCCGGUGCGAUCCCAGAGACACCUAUUGCGAGACGGUAUCUAACUACCCCCUGAAAGAAAUCCUCGGGGCGGUCAACGGCAGCUUCUUCCGCUCCCUCGGACGGAGGGAGGGGGAUCGCCCGGCAGUGGAGAGUCGACGAAGGCCGACGGAAGCAGACUCGGAAGAGACCAGGGUUUGUCGAGUGAACAGACGUCUGGUGUUUCCAAAGGCGGCCAAAGACAAAAACGGCAUCUGGAGAUUUUUGAUCGACGACGAACGAGCCUACAGACAGCCGGUGCUGAUCGAGAAGUGCGGGUAAGCAUCGUUGCAAAAUUAAGGGGAGAAUCAGUGUUUUCCUCAAGCCGAAGAAGAUGGGUUUUCCCCCGGAAACGGGCGGAAAGCGCUUAAUUUUCUGUGGAGGUAAACGAACCGAAGACGGGACGAAAAAGCGUGUCCGGAGGGAGAGUAGGGCGAAGUAACGUCCGUUAAUUCCCCCGUCGCCGGUGGGAGAGGGGAGAAGAGGAGAGUCGCUUAUCGCCACCCUCCCGGCUUCUUCUGCCGACGAAGAUAACGUCGUUUUUCUUUUCUUUUAUUUUCUCCUUCGGAAAACUUUCGGGUCGAAGGGGAGGAAAAGAAUCGUCUUCGUAUCGCUUCUACUUCACUUUUUUCUUUGUUCCUUAAAGUUUCACUUAACUAACAUACGAAAGGAUUCCGUUUUAAACUUGGCAAACGGAAGAAGCGGGUCUCCGUCCGAACUAGCAAGAGAUUUUCUUUGGGAAGGUCGCCAUCCGAAUCUAAGACGGACGAAAGGACGGAUCCUCCGAAUCUCGCUCUGUUCCAGUCUUUCGGUCUCUCUGAUAUGUGAACGAGUGAUCGCACCCGCACAAAAAGUCAAUACGAGUGU